UUCGAUUCCGGUUCCCGUUUGCGAAACCAGUUUCUUUCGAUCGAGGUGAUGGCGGACGUGCAGAUGGGGGAGACGGAGACCUUCGCAUUCCAGGCGGAGAUCAACCAGUUGCUGAGUCUCAUCAUCAACACCUUCUACUCCAACAAGGAGAUCUUCCUGCGCGAGCUGAUUAGCAACGCCUCGGAUGCACUCGAUAAGCUCCGGUUCGAGGGUCUCACCGACAAGAGCAAGCUGGACGCCCAGCCGGAGCUCUUCACCCGCCUCGUGCCUGACAAGGCGAACAAGACGCUUUCCAUCAUUGACAGCGGCAUCAGCAUGACCAAAGCUGGUAAU